AAAAAGAGGAGGCGGCUUGUAUGUGUAGCGGUGCCUGGCGUGUUGAGUUGUUGCUUCCUUCUCUGGGCAGCAGCUCUGUAAGAAGGAAUGUCAGCUUUUACAUAACGUUCCUUUCCGCUUUUGACACACUGUGUGAGGGUCCAUCUUCUUCUGAUCACAGAUGGAGUGGAAUGGCUUGAAGAUGUGUCUCUGAACAUCUAGGACCCAUGUGUGUGCAGGGUUACAGGCAUCUCUCGCUUUUUCUCUCUUCCUGGGCUUUACUACUGGUGUCUUUUUCCCAUGAUGAUAAUUAGCACCAUGGAGCCUCAGGUGUCAAAUGGUCCAACAUCCAAUACAAGCAAUGGACCCUCCAGCAACAACAGAAACUGUCCUUCUCCCAUGCAGACAGGGGCAGCUACAGAUGACAGCAAAACUAACCUCAUCGUCAACUACUUACCCCAGAAUAUGACCCAAGAGGAAUUCAGGAGUCUCUUUGGGAGCAUUGGUGAAAUAGAAUCCUGCAAACUUGUGAGAGAUAAAAUUACAGGACAGAGUUUAGGGUAUGGAUUUGUUAACUAUAUUGACCCAAAGGAUGCAGAGAAAGCCAUCAACACUUUAAAUGGACUCAGACUCCAGACCAAAACCAUAAAGGUCUCAUAUGCCCGACCGAGCUCGGCCUCAAUCAGGGAUGCUAACCUCUACGUUAGCGGCCUUCCCAAAACCAUGACUCAGAAGGAGCUGGAGCAGCUUUUCUCGCAAUAUGGUCGUAUCAUCACCUCACGAAUCCUGGUUGAUCAAGUUACAGGAGUGUCUAGAGGGGUGGGAUUCAUCCGCUUUGAUAAGAGGAUUGAGGCAGAAGAAGCCAUCAAAGGACUGAAUGGCCAGAAACCCAGCGGUGCUACGGAACCGAUUACUGUGAAGUUUGCCAACAACCCCAGCCAGAAGUCCAGCCAGGCCCUGCUCUCCCAACUGUACCAGUCUCCCAACCGGCGCUACCCAGGCCCACUCCACCACCAGGCUCAGAGAUUCAGGCUGGACAAUUUGCUUAAUAUGGCCUAUGGCGUAAAGAGACUGAUGUCUGGACCAGCCCCCCCUUCUGCUUGUCCCCCCAGGUUCUCCCCAAUCACCAUUGAUGGGAUGACAAGCCUUGUGGGAAUGAACAUCCCUGGUCACACAGGAACAGGCUGGUGCAUCUUCGUCUACAACCUGUCCCCUGAUUCCGAUGAGAGCGUCCUCUGGCAGCUCUUUGGCCCCUUCGGCGCAGUGAACAACGUCAAGGUCAUCCGUGACUUCAAUACCAACAAGUGCAAGGGAUUCGGCUUUGUCACCAUGACCAACUAUGAUGAGGCAGCCAUGGCCAUCGCCAGCCUCAACGGGUAUCGCCUGGGAGACAGAGUGUUGCAAGUUUCCUUUAAAACCAACAAAGCCCACAAGUCCUGAAUUUCCCAUCCUUACUUAUUAAAAUAUAUAUAUAAAUAUAUACGAACAAAACACACGCGUGCACACACACAUACACAAAUGAGAGAGAAACAAACUUUUCAAGGCUUAUAUUCAACCAUGGACUUUAUAAGCCAGUGUUGCCUAAGUAUUAAAACAUUGGAUUAUCCUGAGGUGUACCAGGAAAGGAUUUUAUAAUGCUUAGAAAAAAAGAAAAAAAAAUAACAAAAAAAUACCUUUGAUGCAUUGAAUGUUCUUUCAUAGCUGUCGUUGUUGAAUAUAAUAUACAUAGAUAGCGAUGUGCAGGGAUUUUUACCCAGCCAGCUAACUUUGCUACCUUCCUUGAAGGUGGGUCUUUUUAAGAUGACCAUUCGCUCAUUUGAAGAAGAAAAACAAAAAACAAAAAAAAAAUAAUAAUAAUAAUAACAAUUUUUACAAAGUAAUGGGAU